UCUCUCUCUGCCCCUGCAUCGUAUUUUUAGCUCAGACCGUGCUGAGCACUGCGCUGGUGCUCUGGGUGCAAAUUACAGCAGCUCGUGCGGCGGCAGCAGCUCAUCGGCACCGUCCAAGCUAUCAGGAUUUGUUUGAUUCAGUGCUGCGGGGAAUCGGGACUGCGAUUGGACUUCUUACUCUGCAAAUGGCCAGUGCUGAUGAGGGCUCCGGUUCCCGACCGGAUCACCACGAAGCCGCCGAGUGCGGCUCCGGACCUGCUUUUCAGGAGGCGCAGAAAUGGAUCGAGGCAGUGACAGGGAGAAGCUUUGGCGAGAAGGACUUCAGGAGCAGCCUGGAGAACGGCAUUCUUCUGUGCGAGCUGCUGAGUUCCAUCAAACCAGGACUUGUGAAGAAGAUUAACAGACUCCCGACACCCAUCGCAGGACUGGAUAAUCUCACCAUGUUCCUGAGGGGAUGUGAGGAGUUAGGACUAAAGGGAUCACAACUGUUCGACCCAGGAGACCUGCAGGACAUGUCUAUACGCGCCAACCUAACGGGUUCAGAUUGCAGUCGGAAACUAAAGAAUGUGCUGAUCACUAUUUACUGGCUGGGCAAAACUGUAAACGGUUGUGCGUCUUAUAGUGGUCCAACGCUUAACCUGAAAGAGUUUGAAGGCGUUUUGUCCAUGAAGGAGUGUGUGAGCGAGGAGCCUGAAUCACCUAAGCGCAGUGUACGGGACAGCGGCUGCGUGGACAACUGGGAAUCGGAACAUUCUGAUUCGUUGUCACCUCCGAGGCACAGACGAGAGGAUUCCUUCGACAGUCUGGACUCCUUCAGCUCGCAGUCACAGCCCAUGGCGUCCCCCGAUACUGCGCUCCGUGCUAACAGUGAUGAUUUGGAAGCGGAUCACAGGAAGGUGCCAGAUGUCCUAAAGGACGACAUGUCCGCCCGCCGUGUCUCCUAUAAAGAGCCUCGUGCUGCACUGCCUUUCAACCAGUACCUCCCCAACAAGAGCAAUCAAAGCGCCUUCGUGCCUGCUCAUCUGAGGAAGAGGAGGAGCGAACGUGAAGAAGAGCGCAGAAGUGGCAGCAACUCCACAUCCCCCAUUAGAGAGGAGUGUGUUGGCAUUUCACGUGAGACGCCACUUGCUCUUAACUCCCAGAAAACAGUGACCUGGGUAGUUGAGGGAGGGGCGGAGCCUCAGCUAGAUGAGGCGGAGCUUAAGAAGAUGAAAAAGCUAGAAAAGGCGGGAAUCAAAGUGUUGCCUGCGUCUGUGCGAUACAGCAGUCCUAAGGUGACAGCAGUAGAGCCCGAUCAGGCAAAAUCGCCGUCCCCUGACAUCAUUCGUCGGUGUGAUAACACCGUCCUUCGGGCCGAACACACCCACGAGUGGGAUGAGGAGGACGAGGACGAGGAAGGAGAUGAUAGAAAAGUCCCUGAUAUCCAAAAAGAUGACCUUGCGUCCCGGAGGGCGCGCAUGAACCGACCGAAACCCAACGUGGCACAUCAGUUCCUGCCAAGCUCGUGUAGCAGUAAGGACCGCGAGCGUUGGGAGGGAAUCCGGCUCUCUUCCCAGCAUGCCGUGCUGGAGAUGUUGGAGAAAAUGGAGCAGGACAAGAAAAGUGAACCCGACACCACCCCGGCUGAGGGGGCAAUCGUAACUCGCAAGGACAAUCCCUUUCUAAGUCCUCGUGGGAAAAAGAAGGCAGAGGAGGAAGAGAGUGAAGAGGAGGACGAAGGGAAGGCAGUUGUCCCGAACGUACAGAAGGAUGAUCUCGCCAGGCGGAGAACACAACUCGGGUCCGUCCCACAAAGGGAUCCUCGUCAAUCAUUGGCACAGACAAGUAUCACUCAGUCAGACCUGAAGAAGUGGCAGAGACUUUCAAUGACCAUCGAAAGCAGCGAGGCCACUCCAGUAGAAGUGUCAAUCAUAACGCGUAAGGACAACCCCUUCCUAAGCACGGAGAAAGCAAGAGCGAAAGGGAACGAUGAUGAUGAGGAGGAGGAGGAAGAGAUAGCGGCAGGCGGUCAAGCAGCGUUGCCGAAUAUACAGAAAGAUGAUCUGGCCAGGAGGCGCAGUCAGACUGGGGGCCUCCCACAUCGAGAUCAUCAGCAGACGUUGGCUCAGACGGCCUUGACGCAGUCAGACCUGGAGAAGUGGCAGAGACUGAAGAUGAGCACAGAGAACAGUGGAGACUCAGGACCCCUGACCUCACCACUCAAGUCCUCACAAUCCUCCAUUUCUGACCCCAAACACACUUUGACCUUUGCCGAGCGUGAGGCUCUCGAGUUAAGGCUGGCUGAGAAAGUGAAGGAUGAGAAGGAGUAUGAGGAGGAAGAGGAGGAGGAGGAGAAAGAAAGACAGCCUGAUUUAAAGAAGGAUGACAUGAUGGCUCGAAGAACCGGAGUGUUUCAGAAUGCGGGUGGUAAAGUGCGUAAUCGGUUCCUCCCACUGCCCGGUUCUAAGAAAGAGACGCGUCCAGCUGUUUCGGCUCAGGAAGAGAGCACAGGUGAUCCGUUCAUGGAAAGGAACAUCAAAACAAAGAGAUUCAAAGUGGGACAAAGAGCUGAGCAGGUAAAACCCGAGCCAACCGUACCAUCAACUGUCACUCAAAAGGAGCCAGAAAGUCUUGGUUCUACGCCAACCCAUGCUGAUGACAGUUACAAGCACUGUGGGAAUUACGAUGAGGAUAAUGACGAAGGUCCCCUUCAUAACCCGGAGAAAGACGACAUGCUUGCAAGGAGGACGGGAUCAUACCAGAAACCGAGUGGGAAUCAGUUCAAUGCUUUUCUGCCUAAACCUGGAGGUGUGAGAAGCAAAAAGAAGAAUGUGAGUGGGCAAUGCGAGCCAAACCUCACAAUCGGCGAACAACCUACUCAGAGUCCCACCCCUAGAUCUGUGACCCUGCCCCCUGCAGAUGUUGAUGGCAUGCCCAGAAAAUGCCUUCCGGUCCUGGAUGGGCAGAAAACAGACACUGUGGCAAUGCUUGGUGGGGAAGUUGAUGUUGUGGGCGGGGCUCAGGCGCAAAGCCCUUUACCUUUACCCGACCCUGAUGCGCGGCACAAGUUUGGCCUGGAUGAUGAUGUUUUCCCCCUGAAAUUCAGUCACAUGGCUUCUAGUGUUUCUGAUGAAACCGAGAGCGUCAGUUUGAAUGACAUGCGCGACGAAGAGGAGGACGUGGACUCGCUUUCACCGCACAGCCAGACACGACACGAGAGGCUGCACAACCAGUACAACAAAGUCAAAGAGGAGGAGGACCAGUGGCAGGAUGACCUGGCUCGGUGGAAGAAUCGAAGGCGCAGUGCCUCUCAGGACCUGAUCAGGAAAGAGGAAGAGAGGAAGAUGAUGGAAAAACUCAUGAAAACUGAGGGAGGUGCACAUCGCAGAAAGAGCAUCAAAACGUACAAAGAGAUUGUGGAGGAAAAGGAGCGUCGAGAGCAGGAGCUGCACGAGUUAUACCUCCAAGCCGCGACUCCCGAAGAGAAAGCGGCCAUAUUACAGCGUUAUGCCCUCCGCUUUACCAUCAGCGACGCCAUAUUGGAGAAGCUCCAGCUCCCGAAACUCCCGUCUGCUGUAACGAUACAAUCUGCGGCAGCACUGAACGAAGAAGCAGAGAUUUCCGAGUCUCGGAUGUGCACGGAUGUAGAAACCGAUUCCAGUGAUCAGAUAACACAAACGAUAACGCACAAGAGUCCAGAAUUAACACCUAUCCAAGCCUCAAGAACUCCACAAAUAGAAGCCCCUCUUUCUCCCAGCAGAACAACCAUAUCCCCUGAAGUCCCUGUCUCGCCUGUUUGGAUCCCCCCUGCACCAUCCAGACCUGUGCCGUUACUAACGGCAAAACCGUACAGCCAACCCAAGUUUAAUCAGCCUUCUUAUAAGCAAGUUAAGAAUGACGGAUUGGUGCGCGUGAACGGUGACUCCAUUCCGGAGGACGCAAGAGAGAAUCCAGUGAGACCCGUUUCCUUCACUCCGUCACCACCGAAACCAGCAAGUCAGAGUCCUCAGCGAGAACAAGAAAUCUUAGCUGGAACUGAAACCACAGCUCAGGAGUGCACUCAGACCUUACCCGGUCAAAAAGCUGAAUGUGUUAAAGAAGAGACCGACUUCCAUAGCAUCGCUGUUCAAAAGAGGAGGACAGAGGACGAGGCUUCCAAAACCCUCACAGAAUCAGAACUAACAGGAAAGCAGACCGUCCCUGAUAUGGUGGUGAAGCGCAACUGCAUGGUCAAGACCACCAUCGUGACCGAGCUUAGAGAAAAACAUUUACUCCCCGUGACAGAUGCUCCUAUUCCUGACCAGAUGAGCUGUUCUGAGGGAUUAAGCCAGAAAUCUGAUGAGAGUUCCAGAAAGUCUGACUUUACCUCCUGCUCAGAGGGAAUCGACUUCACCAGCGAAUGCAUCGAAACCCCGAUCUUGAACCUUGCAAAGAGGGUCAAUCACUGGACGUGGGACCCUAACGAAGAGCGUAAACGGCAGGAGAGGUGGCAGCAGGAGCAGGAGCGCCUGCUACAGGAGAAGUACCAGCAGGAACAGGAGAGAUUAAAGCAGGAGUGGGAGAAAGCUCAGAAGGAGGUAGAAGAAGAAGAAAGGAAACACCACGAAGAGGAGCAACGGAUCUUGGAGGAAACGGUGGCCCCGCUGACCCCGCACUCAUCCUCUGGUGUGACAGAAGCUGUUCCCACUUCCACAACUCCUCACCACACCAUUGUGCUGUCACUGGCAGACUGGGACAGGAAACAGGAAAUGCUGGAGAAAGAGGCGAAGAUGAACCAGAAGAACGGUUUCCAGCACAGGUCUGAUCAGACGAAAGCGCCGUCACCUCCACAACAGAUUGACCAGAAAGCAGAUCUUCAAGAAAGUCAAUCAGCUACACCGCAGCUGCAGUUCACACAGGAUGUGUCAUGGAGCUGCAAAUCAGAGAGCAAGCAGGAGUGGAAGAAAACAGCCUCCCUGGACCGGAACGUGAGCCCGUCACUAAAUCAGCCUCCCAGGAUGAGGAGGUCUGGGUCGUACGAAAACAUUUUAGGGAUACACACAUCUCCAUCAUCACAAGACACAUCACCCUCAUCUCCAGACAGGUCAGUGAGUGCGAAGAAGCUGUGCUCCAGCUGUGCACAACCUCUGGGGAAAGGAGCCGCCAUGAUCAUCGACAGUUUAGGCCUUUUCUUCCACAUCCAGUGUUUUAAAUGCGGUGUGUGUAAAGGGCUGCUUGGUGACUCGAGCUCAGGAACUGAUGUCCGGAUCCGGAACGGUGUUCUCAACUGUCACUCAUGCUACAUGAAAUCUCGUGCUGCUGGUCAACCCACCACAUUAUAAAGCCUUUUUACACCCAUAUCGAAGAGGAACUGGAACAUUUGCCAAGCCCACAGAAACCUGGGCCAUCUUCAUGAUGAACAUUUAAUUAUACAUAGUUAUAUUUCAUAACAUGUUAAAAAAAAAAAAGGAAGAAGAAAAAAAAAGCACAAAAUCGCCUUUUGAAACAAUCUGAUAAAACUGGAAUGUUGUGGGGUUUCUGAUGAUAUUUCUUUGUAAAGCUUCAUAUUUCUGUGGAAAAAAAAAUAGGUCUUCUAAUGGCAAUAAUUCUAACCACCACACGCAUGAGCAUGCACUGCGGUUAACAGAUUUUGAAACGUCGCUAGCUUCUUGUACAAAGUGGAGCGUUCCACUUGCAGAACUUGGGUAGAUCAAGUAGUGAUUAAAAACACUGACCUGUUUUUCUUUUUUUUUUUUAACUAAAUCCCAUCAUCUAACUGUGUGAUUAAGACAUUACCUGAGGGAUGUGGCUGUUGUGUAUUUCCAUCAGCGGUUUUGCACUUUAGACUUUUUAUCUACAAACCUUCAGCCGCUGAAGACGAACAUUUGAGAUGUGAAACAUAAAGAUAAGCGUAAUAAGCAAUGAUUAUUUAAAACUGUUUGUAUUUGUUCCGCUUGUAGAACGUCCAGGAAUCUGUCUGACCUACUCGGCUUCCUAGCAGACCUUGAGUGCGCUAUCGAGUCCCAUUUUCUUUCCCUAUAUAGUGCACUUAUCAAAAGUAGGAGGUCAUUUAGGGUGCAAAUCCCAAAUGGCUUCCUAGCGCACUAUUAAGCAUGUAGACGAUAUUCAUUUCUACAUUAUGUAAUUAAAAGUGAGGUAUUUGGGGUUAAUUUCUGAUUUGUGUGUGUGUGUGUGUGUGUGUGUGUGUGUGUUCUGAGUUGAUUUUGCUCUGUAUGGCCAUAACUAAAGGCACCAUAUGCUGCAUUAUUCUGUGAAGGAAUACAAAGAAAAAUCCCAAAUAUCUCCUUAAAGCAUUACAAGCCACUAUGUCAUAGCAUCAUACCCUAUACCCUAUACCCUAUGUAGUGCCCUCAGAUACUGUAGGUAUUGCAAAGCCUUUAAGAAUUCACCCAGAGACUGGUUGGUUUUAAAAUAACGUCUUGAAGUUUUAAGUUCAUUGUAGUGUUGAAGUGUUUUUUCCCCCAAAGUAUUUUUUGUUCAUUGUUUUUUUUCUAUUUAUUUUCAGUUUAUCAUCUCAAAUGUUAGUUUGCUUAAUGUUUUUUUUUUUUUUUUUUUAAGAAUAUGCAUGAUGUUUGAAGUCUCACAACCCGAUGAACAUAAUGGACGAUUAUUUCCAUCGAGUAGUUUUGGUCGCUUAAGUUUGUUUCCUUUUCAUCAUCGAUUGCUAAAGAAAGAACAAGAACACGUCUUUAUUAGUAUUGGGGAAGUCAUUCUAUUUUUCCAGACAGCUGUCGGUCAUAUCUGUUUCCAUGCCGUGCCUUAAAUACGACUGCACGCUUCGUACGGGAGGAUGUGCGGUCGUGUAUGUGUAUGCAACAUCCAAAGUUUUGUAAAGCUAUUUCAUUUUUGUUUUGCAAUGCACAGUUCUGUACUGCACUGUAUACCUGGCAAAAUUCUCUCUUAAUCCUGUUGUGUUUGGUUCGUAAACCUUGUACGAAAAAAAAAAAAAUCAUAGUGUUGAAUGAACUCUUAUGGUAUUGGUGUCCAGUCGGAAGAUUGACAUGUUGCAUGGUAGUUUACAAGGCAAGGUUUAAUGCAUCGUUCCAGAUCAACUGGAUUUUGAAAUCUUAUGUUUUUCCAUUAUUUUUUAAAGUUGUCAUUGUUUACAUAGGUGGACAAAUCAUAACUGUAUUACCUAGCACCAAGACAAGUAAAAACCCCAUGUUGGCAAAAGCUAACACAUAUCUCGCUACAGUAGUUAGCUAGUCAUGUAACUUGAUACAGAUGAAAACAAAAUUCAUUUUUAAGCAAAACAUCUCAUGUAAAAUAUUUCGCUCAAUAGGACUAACGAUGAGGUAACUAAGCAGGAAAGUUAUACACCAAAUUUUACUUUGCUUUAUCUUUCUGCACAUGUAUUAAUCCAUCUCGGCGAUGUGUGUAGUGCAGCAGGAGGUGGGAUUUAAAAUGCUCCUGUGAAAGCUCUUGAGCCAUCCCUCAUUUCUUCAGAUUUUGCUUUCAAAGAGCCAGCUGCCUAUGAUUGUUACAUAAGCAGGCAAUUUUUUCAGUGCAUCUUUAGGUGCUUUGCAGCUUGUCGCAGUACAAAAUGUGUUCCCAUUUCUUUAGUUUAAUCUAUAUAAUUUAUUACAUUUAAUAUGAAGAUAUGAAGGAUGGCUCAAGACUGUAUAUGUGGAUUAAAAUUUUAACUGCUUGUCUCGGGUACCUGGGCUUCUGAUUUGUCCACCCAUGGUUAACAUUUACAAAUUACAUGUUCUGGAAAUACAAGCCCUAGCCUGUUUUUAUUAACUUUCAUGUCACUCGCUUUCAUUACUUUACCUUCACCUUUUGUCAGACUGAAAACAAAUGUAAAAGCAGCAUGUGUCCCAAACAUUAGGGAACUGAAAGUAAAGUUCUUACUAGGAAUGACUCACGAAUAUUAAAAUGUCGUAGAGAAUCCCAACAAAGACUCGCUUUAAGUUAUCACAGUCAGCAGAUCAAAUAGAUAACUGAAUUAUUUGUCACAUGUAUCUUUCAGCACAGUGAAAUUAUAUUUUCACAUAUAUGCACAGGGUCAGCCAGAAUACAACGCCCCUGGAGCAGAUAGGGUUAAGGACCUUGCUCAAGGCCUCAAUAGUGGCAACUUGGCAGUGCUGGGGCUCGAACCCCAGACCUCCCGAUCAGUAACCCACAGCGUUAACCGCUACCCCCACCCAAUCCUUAUUAGCGAUUAAUGAGAUAUUUCUCUACAGAAAUCAACAAACAAACCAUAAUCCUUAUUAAGGAAUCAUGAUAAAUACAUAAAUUUAUUUUUAAAUAAUAUAGGUAAUUUCAGCUGACUAAAAUCUAGUGUUUGGGACACGGACCUUUUCCACAUCUAUGUAUCAUGUCUGCCGUUCCUUUGCUUUGCUAAUCUCUAAUUCUGGUAUAAUGAGUAGGUUAUUAGCAGGAUUAUGUAGCUGAUACGGUUUUGUUACUCAGAGAGGAAUCGAGUUGAUGGUGUAAGUGGUCUGUGCUGAAGCUCUAUAUUUAUUUGAUUAUCUUAGGAAGAGUUAACAAACCCGACAAACCCUCCAUGAGCAGUGGGUUUUAUAGCAAGUGUAUGUUUAUAUAA